AUGGCGGUCUUCACCAUGUCUGCCUAUACGACGUUGAUCUGCUCCAUCGUCGCGGCACUGGGGAGUUUUGUCUACGGCAUGGACACGGGUAUCGUGGCCACGACGAUUGCGCACGACAGCUUCAAGGUGUACAUGUUUGGAUCGACCACCAGCGUCGACACGAGUACCUUGGGGGCUGCGGUCUCGGUCUACUACGGAGGCAAAGCGGUGGGCGCGUUUGGAGGGGGCAUCUUCCUCUCCAAGAUUGGGCGCAAAAGAACACUCACUCUGAGCUCCUUGUUUGCCGUGGUCGGUGCCGCCAUCCAGACUGGCUCCGUCCACAUCGCCAUGCUGAUCGUGGGCCGCCUGGUGGCCGGGCUCGCCACGGGGGCUCUGGUCGCCGGCAUCCCUGUCUACAUUGCCGAGAUCUCGGUGCCGGAACGGAGAGCGUUCUACGUCGGCAUGCAGGGCAUGAUGUUGGCGAUUGGCUUCAUGGUUGCCAACUGGGUCGGCUAUGCCGGCUCCUUUGCAGCAUAUGGCGACAUCCAAUGGCGGCUGCCCCUGGCCAUGCAGAUCCCCAUGGCGCUCGUUCUCAUGGUCUUGUCCUUCUUCCUCCCGGACUCUCCUCGAUGGUUAAUCGAGCAAGAUCGGCUAGAAGACGCGAAGCAUUCACUGUGGAAAUUUCACGGCCUGCGCGGCGAAGAGUACAUCCAACGAGAGUUCAGCGAGAUCUUCGCCCAGAUCUCCUUUGAACGGGACCAGAAACGCCGCGGCGCAUUGGUCGAGCUGGUGUCGAGGAAGUAUCUGCGCCGCACCGCCACCGCCAUGUUCAUCCUGGCUUUCUGCCAGUUCUCCGGCUCCGGAGCCAUCCAGAACUACCAGUCGAUCAUGUAUGCUUCGCUGGGAUUCAAGGGCCGUACUGUUCUCUUGAUCAGCGGAUGCUACGGCGUCCUCGGUCCGCUGGGACAAGCGCUGAACUUUUGGGUCGUGGCCGACAAGUGGCCUCGGACGAGAACGCUCUAUGUCGGCAUCGCGUCCCUCACCGUGUGUCUGGUGGUGCUGACGCCCAUCUCAGCCGUGUACGGAGACGGAAGCAACGAAUCGGCGUCGUCGGCUGGCGUGGCCUUCAUCUUCCUGUAUUCGUUCCUCAACGCCCUGUUCCUCAAUAGCACGCCGUACAUCGUGGCGUCGGAGCUCUUCCCCUACCACCUGCGCGGCUACGGAUCGUCCAUCGCCAUCUUCACCCAGGCCUGCGCCCAGAUCCUCAUCACCCAAGUCACGCCGCUGGCCUUCAAGGCCAUCGAGUGGAAGUACUACUUCGUCUUCAUCGCCUCCAACGUCGUCGCCUUCCUCUUCUACAUGUUCCUCCUGCCCGACACCAACGGCCACACUUUGGAGAGCAUCGGUGCCCUGUUCGGCGACGAGGUCAAGGCCGCCCCGCAGCCGCCCAAGGAUAUCGAUGUCGUCGUCGAGCUGGAAGAGAAUGUCACUCCCGCCGCAGACCGACGAUCUGGAUCCGCCUGA